AAAACGCCGAUUUUAUAAUAAUAACAAAAACCACCAACUUCACGUGUAUUAUGGUCGUUGUGUAACGACACCAUGUCGAGUUUACAACUUUUUUCCGCCGUAAAAUCGGCGUACAAGUUCGUGCAACCCACCGCGGUUUUGGUGCAAAAAUGUAACAGAAUGUCGAAAGGGAGUUAUAUUAAUAUCAGCAAACCAGAACCUACGUUAGAUAUGACCGAAAUGACCGAUAGGGCUGCGCAAACGAUGUUUUGGACUGAAUUAGUUCGUGGUUUUGCUGUGACUUUGGCCCACAUCUUCAAAGAACCAGCUACGAUUAAUUAUCCUUUCGAAAAAGGUCCCCUUAGUCCCCGAUUUCGAGGAGAACAUGCUUUACGGCGGUACCCCUCUGGAGAAGAACGUUGUAUCGCGUGUAAAUUAUGCGAAGCAAUUUGCCCGGCUCAAGCUAUAACGAUUGAAGCUGAAGAAAGAGCUGAUGGGUCAAGGAGAACAACUCGUUAUGAUAUCGAUAUGACGAAAUGUAUUUAUUGUGGGUUUUGCCAAGAAGCCUGUCCGGUUGAUGCAAUUGUUGAGGGGCCUAAUUUUGAGUAUUCAACAGAAACUCACGAGGAGUUGCUUUAUAAUAAAGAGAAGUUACUGGAUAAUGGGGAUAAAUGGGAGAGCGAGAUAGCGGCGAAUAUAUACGCCGAUCAUGUGUAUCGUUGAAAAUAUUUAAUUAUUUAAUGUUAAAAGUGUAUGAGGAUAAAUAAAUUUGGAACUUAGAGAAA